AUGUAUUCUCUCAACAUCAACCUCCUCGACUUCGCGGCCCUCAAGCGCCUCGUCGUCAACACCUUCGGCGGCGGCACCGCUCCGCCUGAGGUCGUCGACCGCCCUGCGGCCUGGGUCAAGACCUACAUCCAGCCUACUCGCACCCACAGCGGAAGCCCCACCAGAACCUACGGGUCGGGAUUGUCGGGACCAGUCGACAACGUGCUCGCCCUCGUUCUCUUCAUCAUCGGGUCGUUCCUUCUGUUCACUUCGACGGGCCCUCUGAGACGCCAGGGCGACGGCGCCGUCUUCACCAUCCAAUGGUGUUGCGAGCUGAUCUCCCUCUUAUUCCUCCUUCCAGGUGCUUUCCCCUUUGAGUUCAGCCCAACUCGUGUCUAUCGUUGGGCUCUGGCCCUUGCUCGCACCUCGCUUCGCGUAGCCUUUCGGCCCCUUCAAUACAGCCUUUUUGUCUUCGUCGGUCUUCAGGAUCUACGCAACUCUCAAAGCCUUAACGAGAAGGUCAUCCUCACCUCGGCGCUCCUGACAUGGCUCAUCGUCAUCGCAUCCGCUUUCCACCUCGCUUGGACCCUUUGCGUCAAGACGAAGGGCGAGAAGUACGAGAGGUUCUCAUCCGCCGUAUGCUCUCUCGCUUCUGCUGGGUUGCUUGUUGGGUCGUGGAUUGCUCUCAACAAUCUAGAGCACCGAUGGUACCUCAACGCGAUCCCUCGCCGUGGUCAGGAAGGAUUUUACCCCGUGGAGGCGCAUAUGACAAACGAGGCUAUCUUAAUGGUGUUGGAGGCAUGGUGCUAUAUUGCAUGGUACUUCCUCGGUGUCCCGGUAUGUUCCCGGUGGCUGCACUACUCGUGCACCGUGCUGACCCCGUAUAAGGAUGUGAUCGCGCGUAAGGCCUGGAACAUCGCGAACGUCGUCCCUGCUCCGUUCCUUUUCGCAUUAGUCCUCGCCGUCGCGGUUACUCUUUUAAUCCUCGCGGCGGCUCGGUGCGUCAAGUCGCGGAUCCGGAGAAUACGAGCGGACGCCGCAUUCAUCUUGCUAUACUGCCUGGAUUUUACCAAGGUCUCCUCCAAUGCGAAGUAUUACAGCCGGGUUUUCAAAGCCGGUUCUGCUCCGCGCUCUCGCCACCGCUUCCUUCCUGCUCCUAAGGCAUCAUUCUCUGAGAACAGUUACGAGGAUAUCUUCGGGGAUCUGCUCGCUGACCUCGACGCUAUGAAGCAGGAGCGCGAAGAGGACGCUCCUGUGACGCCUCAGGCUGCCGCCCCGACUCCUCCCGCGCCUUUCGUCAUACCCGUUAGAGAGCAAAGCACCGAAGAACUCAUUUACGACAGUUCUAGCGGUCAAGCACGGCUUGCAAGCCUUGGCCCUGACUUCAAACCGAUGGAGGGCAAGGGGUGGACCGACAUGGCCCCCUUGCCGCUCUGGAACGCGAUCUCCCGCGUAUGCGAGGAUGAGUUCCACCGGAACCCUGCCGAUUUCCACGGGUUUUCUUGGGAGCUCGCUCUGCUGCGCCACGAAGUCCAGAGCGUCGCCUUGGACGAGGGUGUUUCGAGUUCUUCCACUUCGACGCCUCUCCCUAGCCAUGGAUCCCUACAAGGACUGCAUGCUACGCUUGACUCCGGGAAAUGGGGUCGUCUGACGAAAGAGAAGUUAUACGCGCGCGGCCGACUCAUCAACUCGGAUUCCUUCGACGAUAUGGCUCGCGUCGAGGAGGGCGUCGUCUUGAUGCACGAUGUGUCCUGUCCCCUCUUUUCAUAUACCCCCACUUUUACCUUCAUAGAAGCUGAGGUUGACGACCUUGUCAAAUUCCUCAUUAUUCAGUUCAUUUCCUUAUAUUCCGUAAUUCACCACUAUUCCUUCGGUUCUGGAACGAGGGAGGGCCCGCCCUCAUCCAGGUACCGCAUCCUCUCCACCCACCCCCUUGCUACCUUCGGCUAUGUUAUCGAUGCACCGGUCGUUCUUGCUAUCAACGUUUUCGUCCUGCUCUUGCCGAUCUAUGUCUUUGUAUCCAUAUCGUUCCAUCCAUCUCGCUGUAUCUAUAUUUGCUCGAUAUCUACCGGAUGCGCCUGUGCGAUUAAGUCCAACGGACGCAUGUUUUACCGUCCCCCACGUUCAUUCAAUAUCUUCUUAUCUCUCUUUGCCCCCUGUUACUCUAACGGACGUGUCUUGACCGUCCUCUACGCUCAUUCAACUCUCUGUCCAAUGCUCGUCUCGAAAGCCCCUCUGCUGGUUGCCGUCUCCCUUCGUCAACUGUCAUCGUAUUGGAACUCCUAG